GGCUUCUUCGCGCUUUCCUCUUCGACCUGCACUUCGGAGAUAUACUGGUGGCUUCAAGGCUUUGGGCCCUUUAUUUCCUAUGGUCUAUUGAAGCUUUCUUGGUUUCUCAAGUUCGCGUCGUCUGGCCCGCGUCGUGGUCAUUCGAGUGUCACCAUGCCAGGACUCGUCGAAGAUCCCCAGAUCAAAUACUCCUCUCUCCAUAACCCCCUUCCCACUCAGUUGCACACUUAUGUCUGGCCGUUCCUGAUCAUCUGGCCUGCAUUCUUCGCUUUCUAUCUCUCCCCUGAACGCUACGAUACAUACAUUCAAGGUCAAGAAUGGACCUUUGUGUAUGCUGGCUCCAUUAUCACGGUCCAGUCGCUUUUGUGGCUGAUGACGAAUUGGAACAUCGAUAUUCAAACACUGUUCACCACUACUAAGGCUAAAUCGAUCGACUCCGCUCGGCUUAUCAAGGUGAUUCCCGCAGCUAAUGCUGGUUCGGCUGAGGUCUGCCCGUUGCUCUUCGACACUAGGGGUGGAAAGAAGACGGUCUCGUUCCUGUUUCAGAAGCGCCGCUUUCUUUACUACCCUGAACGCCGAUGCUUCGCCCCCUUGUCCUACGUCCUCGACGCUGAGCCCAAGCCUGCCCUCAAGACCUUCCAGAAGACCCAAGGCUUGACCACCAAGGAAGAGGUCGAACGUAUUCAGCACCACUAUGGCGAUAACACGUUUGAUAUUCCCGUGCCGGGCUUUGUGGAACUUUGGAAGGAGCACGCAGUUGCGCCUUUCUUCGUUUUCCAAAUCUUCUGCGUUGGUUUGUGGAUGUUGGACGAGUACUGGUACUAUUCUCUGUUUACCCUCUUCAUGCUUGUCAUGUUUGAGAGCACGGUGGUGUGGCAGCGCCAGCGGACGCUCAAUGAGUUCCGGGGAAUGAGUAUUAAGCCGUAUGAAGUCUGGGUCUUCCGGGAGAAACAAUGGCAGAAGACUACCAGUGACAAGCUCUUGCCCGGUGACUUGAUGUCGGUUAACCGAACCAAGGAAGACAGUGGUGUGGCGUGUGAUAUCCUCUUGAUCGAAGGAAGUGUUAUUGUUAACGAGGCUAUGCUCUCUGGUGAGAGUACACCACUUCUGAAGGAGUCCGUCCAACUGAGGCCUGGCGACGACCUGAUUGAACCGGAUGGAUUGGACAAGAACGCAUUCGUACACGGAGGAACCAAAGUCCUGCAGAUUACUCAUGCGAACACCACAUCAGACGAUAUUGCCAAGUCUCACGAUGGUUCCGGUAUUCUUCCCACGCCCGAUUCUGGCGCGCUUGGUGUUGUUGUGAAAACCGGUUUCGAAACAAGCCAGGGCAGUCUCGUGCGUACCAUGAUCUACUCAACCGAGCGCGUGUCUGCCAACAACGUGGAAGCCCUGCUCUUUAUUCUAUUCCUGCUCAUUUUCGCCAUUGCCGCCUCAUGGUAUGUUUGGCAGGAGGGUGUGGCAAAGGAUCGCAAGAGGUCGAAAUUGCUCCUGGAUUGUGUCCUCAUCAUCACUAGUGUCGUACCUCCCGAACUUCCUAUGGAGCUCAGCCUUGCUGUCAACACCAGUCUGGCUGCUUUGAGCAAGUUUGCUAUCUUUUGCACUGAGCCUUUUCGAAUUCCUUUCGCCGGCCGGGUCGAUGUUGCCUGCUUUGAUAAAACCGGUACUUUGACCGGGGAGGAUCUUGUUGUCGACGGUGUUGCCGGUCUGACUCUUGGUCAGGCAGGCGCAAAGGUUGAGAAAGAUGGUGCCCACACUGAACUCGCCAAGAGCAGCGAUGUCGGACUCGAUACGUCUCUGGUUCUUGCAAGCGCUCACGCACUAGUGAAGCUUGAUGAGGGCGAGGUUGUUGGUGACCCUAUGGAAAAGGCCACGCUGAAAUGGCUUGGCUGGACACUAGGAAAGAAUGACACCCUGACCGGCAAGGUUUCGGCCACUGCUUCUCGGGUUCCCGAGUCCGUCCAGGUUAUAAGACGAUUCCAAUUCUCUUCCGCACUGAAGCGUCAGAGUACCAUCGCCACGAUUGUCUCCGAUGACCGCAGCACACACAAGAAGGUCAAAUCAACCUUUGUUGGUGUCAAGGGUGCCCCCGAAACCAUUAGGUCUAUGCUGAUCGACACCCCGCCGAACUAUGAGGAAACUUUCAAGUAUUUCACUCGUAACGGCGCUCGAGUCCUUGCCCUCGCUUACAAGUAUCUCUCUCACGAGGCUGAACUCACUCGCACUCGUAUCAACAAUUACACCAGGGAAGAGGUGGAAUCCGACCUGAUCUUCGCUGGUUUCCUCGUCUUGCAGUGUCCCCUGAAGGAUGACGCUAUCAAAGCCGUUCGUAUGCUUAACGAAAGCAGCCACCGUGUCGUCAUGAUCACUGGUGACAAUCCUCUGACAGCCGUGCACGUUGCUCGCCAAGUUGAAAUUGUGGAUCGUGAUGUAUUGAUCCUUGACGCUCCCGAGCACGACACGUCAGGGACCAGACUGGUUUGGCGCAGUAUCGACGACAAGCUCAAUAUUGAUGUUGAUCCUACCCAGGAUCUCGAUCGCCGUAUCUUGGAAACCAACGAUAUCUGUGUCACGGGCUACGCUUUGGCCAAGUUCAAGGGCCAGAAGGCACUUCCUGACCUCCUUCGUCACACUUGGGUCUAUGCUCGCGUUUCCCCCAAACAGAAGGAGGACAUUCUUCUUGGUCUCAAGGAUGCUGGUUAUACGACUUUGAUGUGCGGUGACGGAACGAACGAUGUCGGCGCUCUGAAGCAAGCCCAUGUCGGUGUUGCACUCCUGAAUGGCUCCCCUGAGGAUCUCACUAAGAUUGCUGAACACUAUCGGACAACGAAAAUGAAGGAAAUCUACGAGAAGCAGGUUUCCAUGAUGCAGCGCUUCAACCAGCCGGCUCCGCCCGUGCCUGUGCAAAUUGCACACCUUUACCCUCCAGGUCCUAGCAACCCUCACUAUCAAAAGGCCAUGGAACGCGAAGCGCAGCGUAAGGGUACCACCGUCCAGCCCGCGCCGGACCAAGCAGAGGCGAUUCCCACCAUCACGUCUCCUGGUGCACGUGCUCUGCAGCAAUCGAAUUCCAACUUGACUCCUCAUCAGCAGCGCCAGCAACAAGCCUCUGUGGCAGCUGCCGGGUUUGCCGAUAAGCUUACUACUUCCAUGAUGGAACAAGAGCUGGACGAGAAUGAACCCCCGACCCUCAAACUCGGCGAUGCCUCUGUCGCUGCACCUUUUACCAGCAAAUUGGCAAAUGUCGUUGCUAUUCCCAACAUUUUGCGUCAGGGUCGCUGCACACUGGUCGCAACGAUUCAGAUGUACAAGAUCCUUGCCUUGAACUGUUUGAUCAGUGCCUACAGUCUGAGUGUUAUCUACUUGGACGGUAUCAAGUUUGGUGAUGGUCAGGUGACUAUCAGCGGUAUGCUGAUGAGUGUCUGUUUCCUGUCAAUCUCUCGUGCAAAGUCUGUUGAAGGUCUGUCGAAGGAGCGCCCUCAGCCAAACAUCUUCAACGUGUACAUCAUCGGCUCCGUGCUCGGCCAGUUCGCCAUCCACAUUGCCACCUUGAUCUACCUGUCGAACUAUGUAUACAGCAUCGAGCCGAGACAAUCCGACGUUGAUCUGGAGGGAGAGUUUGAGCCGUCGCUCCUCAACAGUGCCAUCUAUCUUUUGCAGCUUAUCCAGCAGAUUUCGACAUUCUCGAUCAACUACCAAGGCCGCCCCUUCAGAGAGUCCAUUCGCGAGAACAAGGCUAUGUACUGGGGUCUGGUUGCGGCAUCGGGUGUCGCCUUUUCUUGUGCAACCGAAUUCGUGCCUGAACUGAACGAGAAGCUCCGCCUGGUCCCGUUCAGCACGGAGUUCAAACUGACACUGACUGUUCUGAUGAUCAUCGAUUACGCGGGAUGCUGGCUUAUUGAGAAUGUGCUCAAGACGCUGUUCAGCGAUUUCCGGCCGAAGGAUAUCGCUGUACGCCGGCCUGACCAACUGAAGCGGGAGGCGGAGCGUAAGCAGAAAGAGACUGGGCAGCAGUAGGCCCAUUAAAGGCAAGAGAUAUAGACCAUGGCUGGUUAGAGUAGUUGCAUUUCUUGUCUAGAUAUAUAGGUGCUGUUGGUUGAAAGCAAGGCGUGUGAGACCUUGCUAAUGUUGAAGGAUGUUUAUAAAGAGCAAGCUGUAAGUUUAGGUUAUCUUUCUUAGAAGAUAGAGGGUUUCAAUGUCAAAGACAAUUCUCGUG